GACAAGUUUAAAACGCAUAACAAGAUUUCUGUUUCGGUAACAUUGGCAUUGAUUGAGCAAUGGCAAGCACCCUCGCGCGGUCCACUCUUAGAACUGCCUUACGAGGAAGCCCUCGUGCCACACCCCCUCCCAAGCGAAACUUCGCUUCUUCUCCUCAUCACGAUGAUGCAUAUGAGACGGCCAAGUGGGAGAAGAUUACGUAUCUAGGCAUGGCUACAUGCUCAGGUUUAGCUUUUUAUAUUCUUUCAAAAGGCCACCCGCACCAUGAAGAACCUCCUCCAUACCCAUAUUUGCAUAUCCGCAACAAGGAAUUUCCAUGGGGUCCAAAUGGGCUUUUCGAGGUUAAGGACCACCACUAGGAGGAGCAUUCGAUUAUUGGAUUUUGAUAACUGAGUGAGGUAUUUGGAGGCAGCAGGCAAUAACCUAUUUCCUUUGUCAACGUUUCAAGGAAAACACUGAUGAUGGUAGUUUCGUAUUAUUUUAUGGAACUGUUAUCUACAACUAGCACUUGACUAUAUGGUUUUUCUUAUUUAAUUCAAUUUGUUUGGUUUAAUUUGUUGAAAUUGAAAC